UCAGCAAGAACUACAAAGAAGAAAAGAUUCUGGAGAAUCAAUCAAGUUUCCUGUCAAGUUCCAGUAACGUUUCUGUCUUACCUGCACACAGGAAAGAUGAAACACAUUCUCAGUCUGUAUGAAAACAUCAACAGUACAGCAAGAAAUAACUCGGACUGUCCUGCUGUGAUUUUGCCAGAAGAGAUAUUUUUCACAGUAUCCAUUGUCGGAGUUUUGGAGAACCUGAUGGUCCUUCUGGCUGUGGCCAAGAAUAAGAGUCUUCAGUCACCCAUGUACUUUUUCAUCUGCAGCUUGGCUAUUUCUGAUAUGCUGGGCAGCCUGUACAAGAUUUUGGAAAAUGUUCUGAUCACGUUCAGAAACAUGGGUUACCUCGAGCCUCGAGGCAGUUUUGAAAGCACAGCAGAUGAUGUGGUGGACUCCCUGUUCAUCCUCUCCCUCCUCGGCUCCAUCUGCAGCCUGUCUGUGAUCGCUGCUGACCGCUACAUCACAAUCUUCCACGCUCUGCAGUACCACCGCAUCGUGACCCCGCAUCGCGCCCUCAUCGUCCUGACAGUCCUCUGGGCAGGCUGCACGGGCAGUGGCAUCACCAUCGUGACCUUCUCCCAUCACGUCCCCACGGUGAUCGUCUUCACAGCGCUGUUCCCGCUGAUGCUGGCCUUCAUCCUGUGCCUCUACGUGCACAUGUUCCUGCUGGCCCGCUCCCACGCCAGGAGGACCUCCUCCCUUCCCAGAGCCAACAUGAGAGGGGCCGUCACACUGACUGUCCUGCUCGGAGUCUUCAUUUUCUGUUGGGCACCCUUUGUCCUUCACGUCCUCUUGAUGACAUUCUGCCCGGCUGACCCCUACUGUGCCUGCUAUAUGUCCCUCUUCCAGGUGAAUGGUGUGUUGAUCAUGUGUAACGCCGUCAUCGACCCCUUCAUAUAUGCCUUUCGGAGCCCAGAGCUCAGGGUCGCAUUCAAAAAGAUGGUUAUCUGCAACUGGUACCAGUAGAAUGAUUGGUCCCUGAUUUUAGGAGCCACGGGGAUAUACUGUCAGGGACAGAGCAGCGUGACAGACCAACAGCACUAGGACUCCAACUGUCCUUCCCUUCCCUUCCCUAGCACACAUGAGGAUAAUUCCACCAACUCUUGUCGUAAUAGCCCAAUUCCACGUGAACAGCCUUGCUAUAGGUACAACUUCUAUAGCUUAAAGAGGCAAAAUAAUUACCGAAAAGGCCAGAAUACAAAGCACAUACAGCAAUACACAUGUGAGAACUCUGAGCUAAGGAAAAGUUUGUUCUUCUAUAGAUAACUAGCUAGCCUAUCACGGGGUGGCCUCUCCUAAGUGCUACGACAAGCACUCGAGGUAUGGACUACAGGGUUUUUGUAAGCCAAAGGUGCCAAUAAGUUGCUGCAGCUGCACUGCCACAGAGGGCCCCUGCCCGCCAUCCGCUCUCCUUUCUGCCCACCUGCUUUGCUGCGCAUCAUCUCCAGUCUUUCUACAAGCAGGCAGGAUGCAUCUUAUAG